CCGAGAUUACCAAGUGAAAAUCGCGACAUACAGUUGUCUGACAUAGCAACAUCCGGUGGAUGCGUCCCUUUCUUCGUACACUAAGAUGACGUCACCUAAGAAGACAAUCCUGUGUGUAGGUCUUGUCUGUGUGGAUGCCAUCCUUGUUGUGGAAACAUACCCGACUGAAGACACUGGACAGAGGUGUGCAGAUUCCAAAUGGCAAAGGGGUGGGAAUGCCUCCAAUACAGCCACCGUUCUCUCUCUGAUGGGCGAGGAUGCGGAGUUCAUGGGUACCAUAACGGACGGAGCAGAAAAACGGUUUCUAAUGGAGGAUUUUAAAGCCCAUUGCGUUGGCACAAAGCAUCUUGUAGUUUGUGAAGGAUCUGGCUGCCCUACAGCAACUGUUAUAUUAAACAAACAGAAUGGAUCAAGAACCAUCUUAAAUUCAAGAAAUGGACUUCGCGAGAUGACUUAUAAUGAUUUCAUCAGCGUGAAUUUGGAUCUGUAUAAGUGGAUUCACUUUGAGACGCGUCCCAAUUGUCCGGAGGUCGCAAAGAUGCUGAAGCGGGUGCUCGACCACAAUGCUGGGACGGAGGACAAGAUCGUCACAUCUGUGGAGUUUGAGAACCCACGCCGUCCACACCAUGAUGUUUUGUUCAACAUGGCUGACUAUGUGUUCGUCAGCAAGGAGUUCGCACAGCAUUAUGGGUACACCAGCAUGGUAGACGCAGUGGAAGGUCUUGCACAGACGUGUCGACCAAGAAAAGCCGUUAUAUGUGCGUGGGGCGAAUGCGGGGCAGCUGGCAAAGAGCCGACGUCAGGAACCGUUACCUCUCCAGCUCUGAAGCUUGACCAUGUGGUGGACACUCUGGGAGCUGGGGACACGUUCAUCGCCGGGACGCUGCACGCAUUGACUAAGGGAUUGUCUUUGCAGUCCUCAAUAACAGUCGGAUGUCAGGUGUCAGGGUUCAAAUGUGGCAUGCGUGGAUUAAGUGGAUUCGAGCAUUUUAAAAGCAAUUUGAACUCAUAUCUAUAUUGAGUGAGUGAGUGAGUGAGUAUGGUUUUACGCCGCUUUUAGCAAUAUUCGAGCAAUAUCACGGCGGGGACACCAGAAAUGAGCUUCACACAUUGUACCCAUGUCUGGAAUCGAACCCGGGUCUUCGGCGUGACGAGAGAACGCUUGAACCACUAGGCUACCCGACCGCUCCCAUAUCUAUAAUGAACGUUCUAUCAUUGAUAGAUAUUAUAUAUCAUGCUUUGUGGGUAAUCGUUCAUGUUUGUCACACUUGUCGGGGACAUUUCGCUUUUAGAUAUAGCCUUCAUUUGGAUCUACAUAUAAACUAGAUGACCACACCUAUUGAAAGACAAACGUAUGUGAUCAUAUCAUACAACUCUUAUAUACACAUUUUAUUGAAAUGUUUAUCGACAUUUAUCUUUCAACCACACGGAUGUUCUCCUGGUUUAAGUUUCGAUUUUUUCUUUUUGAUCCUGCUUUAAUGUUUACCUAUUUUCAAUAAGGAGAUAAACAUACUGUGUUUUCAAUGUAGAGCUAGGUUACCUGAAGAUUUAACCCCGCUAAAUUGAAUUUGGAACCGAACGCGCAUCUGUGCAUUU